AUGGAGGCAAAACCAAAUGGUUGUGUGGAUGAACUGAAGAAUGAACUGAAUGAAAUGCUUAAAGGAGUGGUUCUUCCAGAAAUGUCUGAAAUCCAUGAACAAUGCAUCUACAAGAAGAUAAAUUCAGAAAGAGUACAAUGUCCAAAACACUUCACAGACCUGUUAAGAACAUUUUUGCUGCGGCAAUCAGAUGAUUUUGUACAAGAAGAAAAGGGAAAAGCAAUUGUACAUGUAUACAAUGUGAGUCAAUUAUCAGAAGCAGGGUUAGUAUUUGAAGCAAGUGAAAGUAAAUGCUUACUUGACUUGGAUUUUGAUGAUAAGGGUGUGUUGAAAAUGCCAUGUUUUCAUGUCCAUGAUACAACAGAGAUGUACAUGAGGAAUAUAUUAGCAUUUGAAGAAUGUCACGUUCCAAAUGGUUACAUUUCUCAGUAUUUGAGUAUCUUGGAUUUUCUUGUUAAUACAGAAAAAGAUGUGAGCAUCUUGGUUGAUAAGAGAAUUAUUGUGAAUUGGAUGGGUGAUGCUAAUGCAGUGGCUGCAAUGGUUAACAAUCUUUGCAAAAAUGUUUCAAUGCCUACACUGAAUUCAAAAUAUAAGUCUAUAUGUGAUAGGUUAAAUGGUUUCUAUGAAAACCCUAGAAAUAAGUAUAAAGCUAUAUUUAUACACGAGUACUUCAGCACUCCUUGGAAAAUAGCAUCAACUGAGAAUUAA